AUGUCAGCCGAAUCCAUUCAUUUGGAUCCUAAUCUUUUAUCACAUUUAUCACCCCGGGUAGCACCAAGAUCCCUUUCUCAAUUCAGAAUCGGGCCGCCAUUUGGCACCACAAUUGAAGUGUCGCCUCUAUUCAUCAAAUCUUCCAACUUGAAAUUGAAUCCCAUAAUCCUGGCACGAAUCGAUAGAGGUUUCGACUAUGAAGGAAAUGGUUGGGUUGGGUAUAAACGCAACUAUUUUUCAUUGGUGGCCACUUUCCAUUUCGAGAGUUUCAAGUCAAGUGUAUCACUUCUUCAAAAGCAAGGAUUUUACUUAACAAUAAAGGGAGAGCAUCACGACAUCAAGAGAUUCGCAAUAAGAUUGGUAAGCAGAAAUGUUGAAGACAAUGAGGAGGUUGUGUUGGUGCAACAUACUGCAAAAAGAACCAUUGGGGUCACUCCGUCCAUCAUAUACGCCAUUCCUGGAUUACUACCAUCCCACACAACUGUCAAACAAAGUUUCAAUGUCAGAAAUUGUGAGAAAUUGGAAAGAUUGAAACUGAUGUUUGUCACCAAAUACAAUCAUAUUGAGAUUAAAAACAGUGAUUCCAUUUUGCACAACUAUAGAAAAGGAGAACUGUUUACAACAGUUGCCAAGUACGAAAGAAUACAAUUCACUACGUCAACUGGAAGGAAUCGAUCACUUGAAAAGAGCAAGAUAAUAGUCCAGGUUCAACUAUUAGCAGAAUUAGAAGAAGAGGAUUCAUUUGCCGUUGUUGCUGUUGCAAAUACCCCACCGCUAACUAUGAGGGGAAGGUCGCCCUCUUCAUACACCAAUGUUGAACCAAAAACUUCAUUGAAGAAAGUCAACAAUGUAAGCAGCUAUUUUAACACCACUCCGCAAUAUGUUUCUUCUCCUUUGAGUCAAGGCUUGCAUCGAUUUGAUCAGGAAAAUUCAGCUCCUUAUUCUGAUGGUUACCUCAACUCAGGAAAAGAGAUCGACCCGAAGUGUUCCGAAAAAGCUUCCUCUAGUUCAGAAAACUCAAAGGAGAGCAGUAUGGGAUGCAACAACGUGACUUUUUCCAAUACAAUUGACAAGCUAGUCCAAUUUGACCCUAUUUAUAGCUUGACGGGAGAAGAAUUGGACAAGCAGUUUAGCUCUUCAAGCUUUUCCGAUGGUUAUUUCACCCACAGUGAAGGAAUCUACGAUAUUACCACCUUUCAGGAUGACAACGACCAUGAUAUUUGCAUCGUACCCGAUUUAGUUUUCAGAGGCUAA